AUGGCGAUUGGCAACAUCUAUGUCAUCUCGGGCGUGGCCGUCGUCGGCGGCGCCCUGUUCGGAUUCGACAUCUCGUCUCUGAGCGCCCAGUUGGCCAUGCAGAGCUACCUGUGCUACUUCAACCAAGGCCCCAAGGGUCCGCCACCAGAGUUCGAGGCCAAUGACGAGAAGAAGUGCAGUGGCCCCGAAUCGCUUGUCCAGGGUGGUAUCACUGCCGCCAUGUCGGCUGGUUCUUGGGCCGGCGCAUUGGUCUCUGGCUUCCUGUCUGACUGGCUCGGCAGAAAGUAUGCCAUCAUGAUUGGCUGUGUCAUUUGGAUGAUCGGUUCCGCCAUCAUUUGCUCGUCCCAGAACAUCCCCCAGCUCGCAAUCGGCCGCAUGAUCAAUGGAUUCUGUGUCGGAAUCGAGUCAGCUCAGGUCCCCGUGUACAUUGCAGAGAUCGCAAAACCGUCCCUGAGAGGCCGUCUGAUCGGAUUCCAGCAAUGGGCCAUCACAUGGGGCAUCCUCAUCAUGUACUACAUCUCCUACGGCUGCUCCUUCAUUGGAGGCGGUGACUACGACACCUACAAGACAGCAUCCUGGCGUGUCCCCUGGGGUCUGCAAAUGCUCCCCGCCGUCUUCCUCUUCUUCAUGAUGAUGCUCCUCCCCGAGUCUCCUCGUUGGCUGGCUCGCAAGGACCGCUGGGAGGACUGCCACAGCGUCUUGACCCUUGUCCACGGCAACGGUGACCCCAACCAUCCGUUCGUCAAUCAAGAGCUUCAGGAGAUCAAGGAGAUGUGCGAGUUUGAGCGCCAGCACUCGGAUACCACGUACUUUGAUCUCUUCAAGCCACGCAUGAUUCAUCGCACACUCACUGCCCUCUUUACGCAGAUCUGGUCGCAGUUGACUGGUAUGAACGUCAUGAUGUACUACAUUGCAAAUAUCUUCACCAUGGCUGGAUACACGGGGAAUGCUGUUCUGCUUGCUUCCAGUAUCCAGUACGUCAUUAACGUCUUUAUGACAAUCCCGGCACUGCUCUGGAUGGAUAGAUGGGGCCGACGAAACACUAUGCUGGUUGGUGCAACCUUCAUGGGAAUCUGGAUGUUCGUCGGUGCUGGAAUUCUCGCCAACUACGGGCGUGUGGUUCCUGGAGGCAUUGACGGUGUCGCAGCACAGUCCAUGGAAGUCACCGGAGCUCCUGCGAAGGCACUCAUUGCCUCCGUGUACCUCUUCGUCGCCAGCUUCGCCCCCACCUGGGGUCCGGUAUCAUGGACAUACCCUCCGGAGCUGUUCCCCCUCCAUCUCCGUGGAAAGGGUGUCGCCAUGUCGACCUCUGGUAACUGGGCCUUCAACACCGCCCUGGGCCUGUUCGUUCCCGAGGCCUUUGCCAACAUCAAGUGGAAGACAUACCUUAUCUUUGGCAUCUUCAACGUUUGCAUGUGGGUCCAUGUAUUCUUCCUCUUCCCAGAGACCAGUGGCCACACUCUCGAGGAGGUCAGCAGCAUCUUCGAGGAUCCCAACGGAAUCCCAUACAUCGGCACACCAGCUUGGAAGACCAAGGUCGCCACUGCAGCUACUAGGAGAGCUGAGGCGGGUGAUUUGGAGGCCAAGUACGGCGAGAAGGAGAAGAACCUCCAGCCCGUCCAGAGCGCAGAAGCUGCCGAGGCCAGCCCCGUCGAGAGGGCCUAA